UCUCUCACUCACGGCUCACGCGACCGGCCACCCUCCAUUUAAGUAAACUCCGCCGUCCGCCGUCUCUCUCUCUCUCUCUCUCUCUCGUGAGAGGGAACAAAUCUAUAAAUACAGAAAUGAAGGCACUUAACACCUCUCUCGCUCUCUCAUUCUCUAUCGGCAUUGUUGAUGCGUCUCUUCUUAAAUUCAAGCAAGAACCCUAGCUUUGUAAUCAUCUCUUUCUCUGUGUUCAGAUUCGGUUGCUCGGGUUCUCUCAAAUCCUUGCUCCGAUCUUCUUCCGGUAGUAUUAGAUUCCCGCCUAAGCAUUGUUUGAACUCUCUUGAUUUGAACCGGACAAAUCGACGGCAACAACGACGACGAAAACGACGGCAGCGAUGGGUGUGGUGGCAACAACGAAUGAAGAAGCAUUGGCUAGGCGAUUCUGGAUCAAGUUCAGGAAUGAAUCAGUGUUCGCUAUAUAUACUCCUUUCAUUAUCUGCUUGGCGUCUGGCAAGUUGCAAUUAGAGACGUUCCGCCAUUAUAUCGCCCAAGACGUGCAUUUCCUUAGGGCUUUUGCGCAGGCAUACGCAUUAGCGGAUGAGUGUGCAGACGAUGACGAAGAAAAAUCUGCGAUCUGCAAGCUGAGGAAGUGUGUAAUGGAGGAGAUUAAAAUGCACGAUUCUUUUGUUCGGGAAUGGGGUGUUGACCCUGCAAAUGAAAGCACUCCAAGUUCUGCAACACUAAAAUACACAGAUUUCUUGUUGGCAACAGCCUCUGGGAAGGUUGAAGGACUAAAAGCUCCUGGUAAAAUUGCAACUCCUUUUGAGAAGACAAAAAUUGCUGCUUACACACUAGGUGCAAUGACACCUUUCAUGAGGCUAUAUGCCUUUUUGGGUAAGGAGCUCUGGGCACUUCUUGAUCCUAAUGAAAGCAGUCACCUCUACAAGAAGUGGAUUGAAAAUUAUUCUUCUGAAGCUUUUGAGGCAUUGACACUGCAAACUGAGGAAUUGCUUGACAAACUAAGUGUGUCUUUGACUGGUGAAGAGCUUGAAGUCAUAGAAAAUCUUUAUCAUCAAGCUAUGAAACUUGAAAUAGAAUUUUUUUCUGCUCAACCAAUUGUUCAGCAAACUAUAGUCCCUUUUUCAAGAGUGCACAACCCUGCAGAGUAUCAACUUAUUAUAUUUUCUGAUUUUGAUUGGACUUGCACUGUUGUUGAUUCCUCCGCCAUUUUAGCGGAGAUUGCAAUACUUAGUGCACCGAAAGCUGAUCAGAUUGGAGCUGAAAAUUUACCUGUUCGGAAGUCAUCAACUGAUCUGAGGAAUACAUGGGGUGUUCUUUCCAAACAGUAUACAGAAGAAUAUGAACAAUGCAUAGAGAACAUCAUGCCCACUGAGAAAGUGGAAGAAUUUGACUAUGAAGGUUUAUGCAAAGCACUUGAGCAACUCUUAGACUUUGAAAAACGUGCAAAUGCACGAGUUGUUGAGUCAGGAGUGCUGAAGGGUUUGAAUGUGGAAGACAUAAAACGGGCUGGUGAGCGUCUUAUACUUCAGGACGGUUGUACGAGGUUCUUCCAGAAGAUUGUGAAGAACGAAGGGAUAAAUGGAAAUGUCCAUAUACUUUCUUAUUGUUGGUGUGGUGAUCUCAUUAGGUCAGCUUUUUCAUCAGGUGAUUUGGACGUUUUAAGUGUACAUGCAAAUGAAUUCACUUAUGAAGAUUCCAUCUCCACGGGUGAAAUUGUUCAGAAGAUGGAGUCACCCUUGGACAAACUUCAAGCUUUCAAAAAUAUUCUAAAGAAUCACAAUGGUGAAAAAAAGCAUUUGUCUAUCUACAUUGGAGGCUCAGUUGGUGAUUUACUCUGCCUGCUUGAAGCAGAUGUUGGCCUUGUGGUUGGGUCGAGCUCAAGUUUAAGGAGAGUGGGGAGACAGUUUGGGGUUUCAUUUGUUCCAUUGUUCUCUGGUUUGGUCAAGAAGCAGAGAGAAUUUGAAGGCAACUCUUCUAAUUGGAAGGGGCUGUCUGGCAUUCUUUACACAGUCUCUAGUUGGGCUGAAGUACAUGCCUUCAUUUUGGGAUCGUAAGAUCAUUUUGUUGAUAAGCCUUUUUGUUGAUUUCACUUGCUGUUUGCCUAGAAGAAAUUCAUAAACUCAUAUAUAGUUAGGAAAUAUGGAUACACAAGUGGUGGCUAAUUUUACCAAGGGCCACUGCCAGAUA